AUGCCACAGCUCAUCUCUGACCAAGGACGGCACACCAAUCCGUUAGUCUGGCUAGCUGCGAUUCUGUGCAGUGUCCUAGCGAUCGCUGUCAUCGCCGGCGGGAUAGUGGUGUUCGCCAUCUACAUGAUCUACAAGCCCAGAGCGCCUUACAUAAAGGUGGCCUACGCGCAACUCAGCAGUCUGGAUUACGACCAGUCUGGCCUCCUCGAGAUCGAGAUGGCCUUGGCUCUGGUAGCGGAGAACGACAACGAGAGGGUCCACACUAGCUUCUCCGACCAGAGCAUCCUCCUCCAGUUCCAUGGAAUCGAUGUGGCCGCGCUGCAGGCUGAUCCAUAUGAGGUCGCCAAGAACAGCUCUGUGGAUCUGAACUACCUCUUCCAGUCGGGGCCGCUCCCGCUGGACGACAGCGCAAUGGAGACCAUGGACGUCGCUCUGAAGCGGGGAGUUGUGCCAUUCGAGCUCAACGGGCACGCCAGAACAAGAUGGAGAGUGGGGGUUUUCCUCUCCCUGAGGUCCUUGGCCCACCUCCAUUGCAAACUCCGCUUCUUCUGGCCCAAUGGCAGUGCCAUCGACUUGGACUGCACCUCCAGAGCCCGCUGA